GAUUGCCAAAAGCAUCUCAUGUGACGAUAGUAAACAACUGCUCCAACCGAUGUUGCCUUUGCAACAUUGUCGGUGGUGGUGGCCGCGCGCCGCUCUCUUCGCCUCGGAUCCGCACCAAACCGUGCGCGGACGCAAUUCAAAUUAACUGCAUCCAAGGAUACGCCGCACAUUUGUUAAUGAUAACAAAAAAUUCGACCACAACCGUUUUGCCUUUUGUGUGGACUGACGUUUUGGUUUAGUGGUGUGUGUGUUUUUUUUGUGGUGGUUGAACAAGUGCGUUACGGAUUUCCUUGUGUUCUAAAAUAAACGAGACAAACAACGAUGAGAUUGAUCCUGCUGCUGCUCUCCAUCGCAACCCCAGCGUGGUGCUACCCUCCCCACCCAGCUGUCGUGGCAGUUCGUCACCAGGAAGAGACGCUGCCCCCCCACUUGAGAAGCCACGCGCUCCACAACCCCCACUUGCAAGAGAUCCUGCCGCUCACCAGCCUGUUACAUAAGGGGGAAAAACUGGUAUUCCAAAGAGAGGCUGACAAUGUCCCCCGCCUGGAAAUCUACAAGAUCCUGACCCACGCCGGCCUCCUCUCCAGAAAGCCAAAGUAUCACCCCAUAGCAGGGAGACUGCAGAAUCGUCCAAUCCCCUAUCAAAAUGUGGAUCAUCACUUCUUCGAACCUCCACAUUUUGCGCACCCUGAACUAUUGCAACAUUUAUAAGCAAGCGCAUAGUUAGUCAUAUUCUAGUAUUAAUUUAAGGUUUACUCGCUAUUUGAGAUUAAAACUCCGAUUAUUACUUUAGCCAGUGCCAAUUUGAGGGCUAAACUUAAUACUCUUGAAUUACCAAAAGAGUAAAAAGAUGUAAAUAUUCAAGUUUAUGUAGGUGAUAUAAUGUAUCGGCGGUUGAUAGACAUGGUUGCCUCCGGGCGUUAAGUUCGCUAGUAAGCUAAACCUGUAUUUAGUAGUGCAAUAACGAAUGUAAAAAUGUAUAUUUAGAAUUUAAAUUAUAUUAUCAAAAUGUUACGACGUUCGAGCUAUACUUUUGAUGUGCAAUAUUAAAUAAAUUUACCUACUACUUUAAUAACGCUUUAGAGACAAAAACACU